GUGCUAUCGAUUCCUUUGCCAACACUAAUUCUUAUCUUUCGGGUGUUUUGUUAUAUUUAAACCAUUCGUUAUUUUUAUUGGACUUGAUAAAAUAGCAAUUCGGUUGUUUGUACUGCAUAGUUCAGUAGGCUUGCGACCCCGAUUGUCGGCAAUGCAAAAUGUCGUCCCCAAAUACCAAAGAGACAACAACAACAACCGGCAGUGCCGGCAGUUCAUUUGUGAAAAAUGAAGGGGGAUCGAGUCAGCAACCGGCACAAUUGAGUCCCUUCGUCUACUGGUCCCAAACCAAACAAACACUCCAACUAAAAGUGGAUCUCAAAGACGCCAAAGGCGCCAUUGCGGACUUUUCGCCUGCAUCGCUAGCCUUCAGUGCUCGUGGCCAUGGGGCACGCGGAGUGAAUGCCUACAAGUUUGACAUACGUUUCUAUGCACUAAUUGAUGACGAGGAUGCCAGUUUCGUGGUGACCGAUAACAAGAUUGAGCUCAACAUACGUAAAAUGGAUCCAGCCUGGUGGCCUCGUCUGGUGGCUACGCCACAGAAGCCGCAUUGGCUCAAAAUUGAUUUCGAUCGCUGGCGUACCGAAGAUGAUGUGGAACUAGAGGAGGCGCCGCGCGAUAUACGACAGGACUAUGAAAAGGAAUACAAUAGUCUCCAAAAGCAGGAAUUGGGCUACAUAAAGGAGAAAACCAAAAAGGUCUACAUGAUCUUCUACAAUCUGGCCAUGUUUGUAGGUUACCUUUAUAUUGUGUGUGUCAUGGCCAUUCUCUAUUAUCGUGAUGGUCCAGAAAGCAUCACCAAAACCUAUGCCAAUGUGGGUAACGCUUUCAAAUUUGUUCAACUUUUGCAAUAUUUGGAGGUCAUGCAUCCACUAUUUGGCUAUACCAAGGGCAGUCCGUUGGUGCCCUUUUUCCAAGUCUCGGGCAGGAAUUUCAUUCUAUUUCUAAUGAUUGAGGCAGAAACCCGCAUGUAUACAAAACCUGUGGUUUUCUAUGUCUUUAUUAUUUGGUCUCUAGUGGAGUUAGUGCGCUAUCCCUAUUACUUGAGUCAGCUAUUGGGCCGCGAGCUAGGCCUGCUGACUUGGCUGCGUUAUACUAUAUGGAUUCCCUUGUAUCCAAUGGGCAUUGUGUGCGAAGGGAUUAUUGUGCUUCGCAGCAUUCCAUACAUUGAAGAGACAAAACGUUUUACGGUCGAAAUGCCAAACAAAUGGAAUAUCACAUUUGAUAUGGUUCUAUUCCUUAAAGUUUAUUUGCUAUUGCUGACUUUGCCUGGCAGUUAUUUGGUGAUGUCUCACAUGUCAAAGCUGCGUGCCAAGAAACUGGGACGUAACCGAAAUCGUAGCAAGCGCCGGCACGUCGAUUAGAGUUUAGUAAUACCAAAGACACAAAUUAUUCCUCUCACUCUUUAACUUUUAAAUCACAAAAGAACCGACAUUGCAAAAUUUCAUACUUUAUAAAUGAAUAUAAAGAUUUUUAUGUGUGAAUAAAUUAAAUUUCAUUCUAA